AUGGAAGGGCCAAAACCCCUGGGACCCUGCGGACACUCUCACCCCCAGUGUCCCUCAGCCCAAGUUUCAAGAAGCCAUGGAGGAUGCCUGGAUCAGCCCUGUCAGGGAUUUGUAAGGUGGCCCUGUCUGAUCCCCCAUCAGGUCACCCAGUCAGUAGAGUGUUCCAGAAGUUUCCUAGCUCCAGGGACACGGGGAGGAGAAUCCAGAGUAGGAGGAGAGGCCCGUAGGAUGUUUCUGUCAAGUGAAGAAGGAGCGACGUCACAGCAGAGAGCUCGAGAGCCGGCAGGGUCCAGACAAGAAGUGGAGAGUGAGGUAGGAGUGGGGCUGGUCCCAGGGCAUGAACAGGAGCCACUUGGGCAGACAGGGUCCCCAACGCCCUGCCCAUGCCCAGCCUGGCCUCUGGAAGGAGGGGCCACAGCCUCACCCAAGACAGCUCCCACACCCCUUCAGGGCCAGAGGCUGGGGUCUGCCGAACAAUCCUUUCUGCAGCUGGAACAGGAGAACCACAGCCUGAAAAGGCAGAACCAGGACCUUCGGGAGCAGCUAGGAGCCCUCCUGGGGCCCGGGGAGCAGUUCCUGCCUCUGUGUGCUGACCACUCAAGCUGCACAGCCCUGGCCUGGUCCCCUGAGUCAGCCAGCACCUGGCCCCUGGAAGACAGGGCACCUGUGCAACUCUGCCAGGGGGAAGAGUCUUUUGUGCAACAGUCCCAGAAUGAGCUGCAACAGAUCCGACUGUCCUUUGAGAGGAAGAAGAUGGCCAUUACUGAGGUGUGGGAUGGUGUGGCUGAGGUGCACAUGGCUCUGAACAACCAGGCCACUGGGCUCCUGAACCUCAAGAAGGACAUCCGGGGCGUGUUAGAUCAGAUGGAGGACAUUCAGCUGGAGAUUCUGGGGGAGAGGGCCCAUUGCCGCACUCAGGCCAGAAAGCAGCAGAUGUCCUGCACGGAGAAAGGCAGGCAACAGCUGGGAUGUUCCGAGGGCCUAAAGGGCCAGCUCUGGCUGCUGGCCUUGAGGCUGCUGUUGGGCGCUCUGCUGGCCUGCACAGCGGCCUACGUGUACGUGGUGGACCCUGCACCCUUCGAGGGGCUGGUACCACCCCUGCUGAGCCGAGCCGCCGUCUGGAAGCUCAGGGCCCUACUGAGUCCCUUCUUGAGCCUCGAAGUGGACGACUUCCUGCCUUUCUAG